AAUAUCUGUCCCUGCUACUGCCAUGGAUCUUCGUGCUGGUUGCCGAGGGAGGAUCUCUUUUAUCAUUCAAAUGAAUCAACAUGCUUGAGUCCAUUUACAAGUUCAGUGUUUCAGACAGAUAGCAAGCAGGCCACUCUAACACGGAAGACACAAGAGACCGAGCAGCACACAGUGAAAUCUGAAGGAAUACCAGCUAGCUGUCAAUAUGAACACUGAGUCUGUUGUCAUCGUUUCUGCUGCAAGGACCCCCAUUGGGUCUUUCAAUGGUUCUCUGUCAACUGUGCCCCUCCAAGAUUUGUGCUCUGUGGUGAUCAAGGAUGUACUGAAGAGAGCCAACCUGAAGCCUGAGGCGGUGUCUGAGGUCAUCAUGGGGCACGUUCUGACAGCAGGUCAUGGGCAGAACCCAGCCCGUCAGGCCAGCGUUGCGGCAGGCAUCCCCUACCCAGUGCCUGCCUGGAGCUGCCAGAUGGUGUGUGGAUCUGGACUGAAGGCAGUGUGUCUGGGCGUUCAGUCCAUCCAGACUGGAGAGUCAACCGUGGUGGUGGCUGGAGGCAUGGAGAGCAUGAGCCGUGCUCCCCACACAGUGCAGAUGCGGGCUGGAGUAAAGAUGGGCGACACCACCAUGCAGGAUUCUAUCAUCGCUGAUGGACUGACUGAUGCUUUCCACUGCUACCACAUGGGCAUCACAGCUGAGAAUGUGGCUAAGCAGUGGGGUGUGAGUCGCGAGGCUCAGGACCAGUUUGCCGCCCAAUCCCAGAACAGGACCGAGGCUGCCCAGAAAGCAGGACAUUUCGAUCAGGAGAUUGUUCCGGUCAUGGUGCCGUCCAGAAAAGGCCCAGUGGAGGUGAAAGCAGAUGAGUUUCCUCGCCAUGGCAGCAACAUGGAAGCCAUGACUAAACUCAGGCCCUGCUUCCUAAAGGACGGCAGCGGCACCGUCACCCCCGGCAACGCGUCAGGUAUAAAUGAUGGAGCUGCAGCAACUGUUCUAAUGAGCCAAUCAGAAGCUCAGAAGCGAGGCCUCAAGCCAAUGGCCAGAAUCACCUCCUGGGCUCAAGCUGGCCUUGACCCGGCAAUCAUGGGAACUGGGCCUAUCCCAGCCAUCAGGAAAGCGGUUGCGAAGGCCGGUUGGCAGCUGGAUCAAGUGGACCUGUUUGAGAUAAAUGAAGCUUUCGCUGCCCAGUCCAUCGCUGUAGUGAAAGAGCUUGGACUCAACCCAGAUAAGGUGAAUGUGACUGGGGGUGCCAUCUCCCUGGGACACCCCAUAGGCAUGUCUGGCUGCCGGAUUCUGGUGACCCUACUGCACACGCUCCAGAGGACUGGGGGUCAGAGGGGUGUGGCUUCUCUCUGCAUUGGGGGAGGGAUGGGCAUCGCCAUGUGUGUAGAAAGGGUGUGACUGAAUACAAGUACACAGAUGCUGCAGUCAGGAUCACCUUAUUGGUCCUAAAGGGAAUGUUUGGAAUGCUUUAUUACACAACUUGUUUCAGCAGUGGUGUGAAUGGUGGUUAUAUUAUAUUGGUAAUUAAUUUUUCUCCUUCACUUCACUGAAAAUUAUUAAUGUAAUUAGGUGAAGAAAGCAGCAAAGGUCUCUAUUGUGCACCAUCCAAUACUGGUCCUUCAUUUUCCAUAGCAUAUGUAUUGGAACGUAUAAGGUUUCGAAGCAAGUCUUUCUGCCUGUGUGAACCUAGUCAAUAGGCAACAUAUGCUAGUCUUUUUUCCAUCAACAAAUAACUAUCAACUGCUAAACAAAGGUUUACAUGACUGGACUUGUUCACACCCAACCUAAUGAGAAUUCAGCCUUCCAACAUUCCAGUUUGCUGUCAUUCCAUGAGAAAGAACAGGACAAUGUACCUUAAUACUGUAAACGUGUGGUUUAAGACAGCAGCCUUCCUUAAAGACAGCGUAAGCUUGCAGUAACUUAGUGUAUCCUGUUGUAGGCAUGAAUGUACUGUAUUACCUGUCCACUUUCCAAUACAGAACAGAUUAACUGAA